AUAUACAUACACGGCAAAGAGAUUCUACAUUAUACAAUCACAUAAUAAUUUUUAAUUAAUGAAAAUUUAGAGCUUGACUUUGUAGAUUCAAAGCAUGAUUAGAAUACUAACACGAAGAAUAAUUAAUAUUAAUUAACACUAAUCAAGUAACUAGAUAUUCCCCUUAUUUCCCUCCAAGUCCUGUAUCCCACACGCCCCGCCUCACCUCUAUAGGCGUAAACCUCGUGUCUUUGUCCAUACUCUUCACUCUUUUCCCUCCCUAUAUAAAUCCCUUCUCCCCCCAAAAACCUCUACUAACUUUAUUCUCUCUCUUCCUCCUUGGCUUGUAUUUAUAUCUCUCGAUCACUCGAUAUUAAUCUGUUGUUUAUAAUAAUUCAAAUGGCACCAAAAUAUGAUCAAAAUACAUACCAAGAGAACUCAUCGGACACCUCAUCCACGUAUAACGAUGAGGCGAUGGCGAUAAAUGUGGAUGAAAAAGAAAGCAAUAAUAGUAGUAGUGGGAGUAAUAGUAAGAGGAGACAGAGGGAUACGAAACACCCCGUGUACCGGGGUGUUCGUAGGAGAGCUUGGGGAAAAUGGGUUUCCGAGAUCCGAGAACCUCGAAAGAAGUCUCGGAUUUGGCUCGGGACUUUCUCAUCCCCUGAGAUGGCGGCUCGUGCACAUGACGUGGCCGCCUUGAGUAUCAAGGGUUCUUCUGCUGUGCUUAACUUCCCUGAUCUUGCUCCUUCUCUCCCCCGCCCUCUCUCCAACUCUCCUCGUGAUGUCCAGCUCGCAGCUGCCAAAGCAGCCGCUCUUGAGUUCAACUUCACAACAACCGCCACCACCACAACAACAACCGAAGACAAUGGCAGUUUUAGCAGCAGUAGUAGCAGCACUGCUGCUGCUCCCGCUGGUGCCACCACCCAGGAGCAUGCAACGAAUAGCAGCAGUGCUGCUACUACGGAUGUGGCACCAGCCUCGCCUUCCACAUCCUCAUCAACAACCGCAUUGUCCUCAGACUCCACGGCCGUGUCAGGAGACGAAGAACAACUACUAGGAGAAAUAGUAGAGCUUCCAACUUUGGAAGACGAGUCCGGGUUCGACUUGGCCGAGUUCGUGGACAGAACGUGGUUAAUGUAUGAGUACUGCGACUCGGAUCCACUGCUUCAAUGCUGGGUAAAUAAUGGAAAUACAAGUGCUACUGAGGGGUAUUUUGGGGAACAAGGUUUGAGCUAUAAUACCUCUUUUGACGCUUUGUUAUGGCAUCAUUAAAUGCAAAACCAUAUUUUUUUCCUUAUAAUUUUUAUUUUUUUCUAAAAAAAAAAAAAAAAAAAAAAA